AAGGGGAAGUAUUCUGGUGGUUCUGCUCUGUGCAUUUAUAUUUUUCUGGUAGUUAGACUGAGGAGUUCUGAGCUCCACCUUUCUGGACUGUAUUUACCAACAUCAUAGGAAGCAGCUGGCAAUAUUUGUUGGAAUUGGCCGUGAUAGGCCACCCUUUGUUUUUAAAUCGUAUCAUUUAGUCUUCAUUGAAGAUGUUGUUGUGGCCUGUGGAAGGUGAAAUUGACCUUCAAACUACCCUCCACGUUGAGUUAGUUUUCUAGCCAGCUACUGAGUUCAUCUGCAUUCAGCAUUGCUGGUACUGGAAGCGUGCGUCAUACAGAAAGACCGCAUGAUAAUGAAAAAAGGACACGAGGCCAGAGCUGCGCUGUUUUUGAAAGGAGUGAGGGGAUAGCAAUACGCGAUAUCGUAUUUAAACAGCUGGGAAAGCUGCUGUGAUAUAUCUUGUGGCUGCUGCUCACCAAAAGACAUAAUGUUGAGCCUACAGGACUCCGUGUUUUUUGAAAUUAGCAUCAAGUCUCUCCUGAAGUCUUGGAGUAGCAGUAGUUCCUCAGCACCAGUUAGCACUGUAACCAAGCGCCGCAUUUCUCCAGGAAAUAAUCCCUGCUGGGUGAAGAAGGGUGUCACCAUGUCAAACAUCACAGUUGACCCAGAUACCAAACCUGGAGAGUAUGUUAUUAAGAGUCUGUUUGCAGAAUUUACAGUUCAAGCCGAGAAAAAGAUUGAAGUUGUUAUGGCUGAACCACUGGAGAAGCCAUUGUCCAGAUCAUUGCAAAGAGGUGAAGAUUUACAGUUUGAUCAGGUGAUUAGCUCUAUGAGCUCAGUAGCAGAACACUGCCUUCCGUCUUUACUACGCACCUUAUUUGACUGGUACAGGCGGCAGAAUGGAACAGAGGAUGAAUCCUAUGAAUAUCGGCCGAGGUCAAGUACAAAAUCAAAAGGGGAUGAACAACAUCGUGAUAGAGAUUAUUUGCUUGAACGAAGAGACUUAGCUAUAGAUUUCAUUUUUUGCUUAGUUUUGAUAGAAGUUUUAAAACAGAUUCCUCUACAUCCAGUGCCAGAUGCUUUAGUACACGAAGUUCUGAACUUGGCUUUUAAGCACUUUAAACACAGAGAAGGGUAUUCAGGACCCAACACUGGGAACAUGCAUAUUAUUGCAGAUUUGUAUGCAGAAGUGAUUGGAGUUCUUGCACAAUCGAAAUUUCAGGCUGUUAGAAAAAAGUUUAUGACUGAGUUGAAGGAACUUCGUCAUAAAGAGCAGAGUCCUCAUAUAGUGCAAAGCAUCAUCAGCUUGAUUAUGGGAAUGAAAUUCUUCCGGGUCAAAAUGUAUCCAGUGGAGGACUUUGAAGCUUCCUUUCAGUUUAUGCAGGAAUGUGCUCAGUAUUUCCAUGAAGUGAAAGAUAAAGACAUAAAACAUGCACUAGCUGGCCUCUUCGUGGAAAUUCUGAUACCUGUGGCUGCUGCUGUUAAAAAUGAAGUGAAUGUGCCAUGCCUCAAGAAUUUUGUAGAGAUGCUGUAUCAGACCACAUUUGAACUCUCAUCAAGAAAGAAACAUUCAUUGGCCCUAUACCCGUUGGUUACCUGUCUCCUGUGUGUCAGUCAAAAGCAGUUCUUUCUCAACAACUGGCACAUAUUCCUUCAGAAUUGUCUUUCUCAUUUAAAGAUGCCAUCUAACAACACUAUCAGAAAGCAAAUAGAAACAUUACAGAACAAAGAUCCCAAAAUGUCUCGGGUUGCACUGGAAUCAUUGUAUAGAUUGUUAUGGGUUUAUGUAAUCAGAAUUAAAUGUGAAAGUAACACUGUAACACAAAGUCGCCUUUUAAGUAUCGUAUCAGCACUUUUCCCCAAAGGCUCCCGCAGUGUAGUCCCACGUGAUACACCUCUGAACAUAUUUGUAAAGAUCAUCCAGUUUAUUGCUCAGGAGCGGCUUGAUUUUGCAAUGAAAGAAAUUAUAUUUGACCUGCUUUGUGUUGGAAAACCAUCAAAAACAUUUACCAUUAACCCAGAGAGGAUGAACAUAGGGUUGAGAGCAUUUCUAGUUAUUGCAGAUAGUUUGCAACAAAAAGAUGGGGAACCUCCAAUGCCAACAACGGGAGUUGUUCUUCCAUCAGGUAGUACGCUGCGAGUAAAGAAGAUCUUUUUGAACAAAACCCUCACAGAUGAAGAAGCCAAAGUGAUAGGAAUGUCAUUUUAUCACCCCCAAGUGAGGAAAGCUCUUGAUAGCAUUCUUAGACACUUGGACAAGGAAGUGGGAAGAUCUAUGAGCAUGACUAAUGUACAGAUGUCCAACAAGGAGCCUGAAGAUAUGAUCACGGGAGAAAGAAAGCCUAAGAUUGACCUUUUCCGUACUUGUGUGGCUGCUAUUCCUAGGCUCAUUCCAGAUGGCAUGAGCAGGGCAGAACUUGUUGAACUUCUGGCAAGACUCACCAUACACAUGGAUGAAGAACUUCGUGGUCUGGCAUUCACUACCCUACAGGCUUUAAUGGUUGACUUUCCUGACUGGAGGGAGGAUGUUCUUUCGGGGUUUGUGUCAUUCAUUGUCCGAGAAGUAAAUGAUGUCCAUCCAACGCUCCUUGAUAACUCUGUCAAGAUGCUAGUACAGUUAAUAAAUCAUUGGAAACAAGCAGUUCAAUCUCACGUGAAAGGUCAUGAUCUGCAGCGUGCUGUUCCCAAUGGAGCUGCCCACACACUUCCACUGGAACGGAGCCCUUAUUCCUCUGUCUUCCAUGCAGUGGAGGGUUUUGCUUUAGUGGUUCUCUGCAGCUGUCGGCCAGCCACUAGGAGACUAGCUGUCAACGUUCUCAGAGAAAUUAGAAGUUUGUUCACAGCUUUAGGUCUUUCAAAGGGUGAUGAAGAGCUGGCAAUUGAUGUUAUGGAUCGAUUAAGCCCUUCCAUCUUGGAAAGCUUUAUCCACCUCACUGGAGCAGACCAGACGAACUUGCUGUUUUGUCCCAGUGGGAUAGACCUCCAGACUCUGGCAGAAUGGAGUUCCUCUCCCAUCAGUCAUCAGUUUGAUGUGGUCAGUCCUUCACACAUUUGGAUAUUUGCACAUGUGACACAGGGUCUGGACCCUUGGGUUAUCAGCUUAUCAAGCUUCCUCAAGCAAGAAAAUUUGCCCAAACAUUGUCCCUCAGCACUGAGUUUUGCAUGGAUGUAUUCAUAUACUCGUCUACAGAUGCUUUCUCCACAAGUAGAUAUAAACAGUCCUAUAAAUGCCAAGAAGGUGAGCACCACAAUUGGCAAUGAUUCGUACAUUGGGCUUUGGAGAAAUUACCUUAUUCUUUGCUGCAGUGCAGCAACAUGUAACAUGACUCCUUCUGGGUCAGUGCGCUGCUCCCCUCCAGAGACGCUGGCGUCUACACCAGAUAGUGGAUAUAGUUUGGAUUCUAAAGUAAUUGGCAUUCCGUCCCCAUCCUCAUUGUUCAAGUUUAUAGUACCAAUGAUGCGCUCUGAGAGCAUGGAAAUUACAGAAUCUCUGGUGCUGGGGCUUGGCAGGACCAACCCUGUAGCAUUUAGGGAUUUGAUAGAAGAACUUCACCCCAUUAUUAAAGAAGCACUUGAAAGAAGACCAGAGAAUAUGAAACGACGCAGGCGUCGAGACAUUUUGCGAGUGCAACUCGUAAGGAUCUUUGAACUACUGGCAGAUGCUGGUGUAAUUAGUCACAGUGGAAGUGGAGGCCUUGAUAAUGAAUUACAUUCCCUCAAUAAUACUUUGUUGGAGUAUGUUGAUUUAACUCGGCAGCUACUUGAAGCUGAGAAUGAUAAGGAUUCUGACACAUUAAAGGAUAUCCGAUGCCAUUUCAGUGCCUUAGUGGCAAAUAUCAUUCAAAAUGUUCCAGUGCACCAACGCAGGUCUAUCUUUCCACAGCAGAGCCUACGUCACAGUCUAUUCAUGUUGUUCAGCCACUGGGCUGGUCCCUUUAGCAUAAUGUUUACUCCCCUGGACAGGUACAGUGAUAGGAACAUGCAAAUUAACCGACACCAGUACUCUGCAUUAAAGGCAAUGUCAGCUGUACUAUGUUGUGGACCUGUGUCAGAUAAUGUCGGUUUGUCUUCUGAUGGCUACCUGUAUAAGUGGUUGGAUAAUAUUCUGGAUUCCCAGGAAAAAAAGGUUCAUCAGUUAGGUUGUGAAGCGGUAAUGCUCUUAUUGGAGUUGAAUCCAGAACAGAGUAAUCUGAUGUACUGGGCUGUAGAUCGAUGUUAUACAGGUUCAAGACGUGUGGCAGCUGGAUGCUUCAAAGCAAUAACCAAUGUAUUCCAUAACAGGGAUUACCAAUUUGACACAGUGACCCUGCUAAACCUGAUACUUUUCAAAGCAGCUGAUUCAUCCAGAGAGAUCUAUGAAAUUGCCAUGCAACUGCUGCAGAUCUUGGAGCCCAAGCUAUUUCGCUAUGCCCACAAGCUGGAAGUACAACGAACUGAUGGAAUAUUAAAUCACCCUUCUCCAUUACCACAUCUGUACUCUGUUUCCUACUAUCAGUUAUCAGAGGAAUUGGCAAGGACUUACCCAGAGCUUACGAUCUCAGUCUUCUCAGAAGUCAGUCACAGAAUCCAAACAGCACACCCUGCUGGUCGGCAAGUAAUGUUGCACUACCUUCUGCCCUGGAUGAAUAACAUUGAAUUGGUAGAUUUCAAACCCUUGCCUUCCGCAAAGACUAUGGAUGAAGCUGACGCAGUUUACAUGAAAGACAGGGAAAUGAUGACUAACAGCAGGCGCUGGCUGAAAGGGGAAGGUUGGGGAUCUCCACAAGCUACUAUCAUGGUGCUAAAUAACCUGAUGUAUAUGACAGCAAAAUAUGGUGAUGAGCUGGCAUGGUCAGAGAUAGAGAAUGUGUGGACAACACUGGCAGACAGCUGGCCCAAAAACCUGAAAAUAAUUCUGCACUUCCUUAUCAGCAUGUGUGGUGUGACAAGUGAGCCCAGCCUUUUGCCUUAUAUCAAAAAAGUAGUUGUCUAUCUGGGGAGAGAUAAAACAAUGCAGUUGUUAGAGGAGCUGGUUGAAGAACUGCAGCUGACAGAUCCAGUCAGCUCAGUGGUAAUUCACAUGGAUAACCCACCCUACUAUCGCAUCACCUCUAGCCACAAGAUCCCGUCUGUCACCUCAGGAACCACUUCCAGUAGCAAUACAAUGGUGGCUGGACAUGAUGGUCAUCAGGACAGUAAAUUAGCGAAGGAUCCUACGAUUGAAGAAAAUUAUGGACACCUUGACAUCUAUGGUGGACUCAAUGGUAACCUAAACCGGCAGCAUCACCGGCUAGAAUCUCGAUACAGCAGCAGCUCUGGGGGAUCCUAUGAAGAGGAGAAGAGUGAUUCCAUGCCAAUGUAUGCAAACUGGAGACUGAAAGUGAUGGAAUUCAACAAAGCAGAACCAUUGCCGUUUCCUCCCUCAGGUGGAAGCUGGUCACCACUGGCUGAUUAUUUGCCGGAGACUGGUAACCCAGGUGUACCCUUACAGAGGUGCAACAUAGCUGUUAUCCUUCUGACAGAUCUUAUAGUUGAUCAUAGUGUAAAGGUGGAAUGGGGAAACUAUAUGCAUCUUUUGCUUCAUGCAAUAUUUAUAGGAUUUGAUCACCAGCAUCCUGAAGUUUAUGAACAUUGUAAGCGAUUGCUUUUGCACUUGCUUAUAGUAAUGGCUUAUAAUAGUAACGUUCAAGCUAUGGCCUCCGUUCUCCUUAGAAACAGGGAUUUCACUGAACCUAAGGUGCUUACUGUCAAACCAACCACUCAAGUAGAGUACAGUUUUACAGCAGGGGGCAGUGAAUUUGCACCAGACUACCAGCCUUCGCCAAUGACUGACUCAGGACUCAGCUCAAGCUCUACCUCUUCUAGCAUCAGCUUGGGAACUACCAGUGCUGCCAUUCCCCAGCUUACUCCCACCAUUUUAAAUGAGGUGGAUAUUCCCGCAGAUCAAGAUGAGAAGGUGAAAGCACUCAUUGAAUUUAUAACAACAAGAAAACGAGGGCCACUUUGGAAUCAUGAAGAUGUCUCUCCAAAGAACCCCAACAUAAAAACUGCUGAACAGUUAACUGUGUUUUUAAAACACGUAAUGUCCAUAUUCAAGCAAUCUAGAUCAGGUUUUCAGCUGGAGCAACUCCUCAGUGAAGUGGCCUUGCAGACAGCACUUUCAUGUUCAAACAGGCAUUAUGCUGGAAGAUCCUUCCAGAUUUUCAGAGCUCUAAAACAACCGUUGACUGUAUCCACACUCUCUGAUGUAUUGUCAAGACUUAUUGAAACUGUUGGUGAUGCAGGCGAAGAGGCUCAGGGUUUUGUUAUAGAACUACUGCUCACUCUUGAGUCUGCCAUUGACACAUUAGCAGACACAAUAAAGCAUUAUGACCUGCUUUCUGCACUUUCUCACACACAUUUGACUGAUCCGUUAAUCGGCACCAAGUUGGCAGCUAACAGGAAAAGCACUGGACAACUAAAUCUAAGCACAAGCCCACUCAACACCAGUGGUUUCCUAACUCACUAUAGUUGCCAUGCAAGAAGUAACUCCUUGCGAGCUAGUCUGCUGGGAGACAGGCGUUGUGACAGACGUCGAAGUAAUACACUGGAUAUUUUGGAUGGGAGGGUGAACUAUGGUAACUUAGCAAGGACUCGAAGCCUAUCCUCUCUUAGAGAGGGAGAAUUGCCUGACCAGCAUCCAACUACUGACCCGAGUAGCCUGAUGGCCACCAUUUUCUGGAUAGCUGCAGCCCUACUGGAGUCAGACUAUGAGUAUGAGUACCUUUUGGCACUAAAAUUGCUGAACAAAUUACUCACACAUUUGCCUCUGGAUAAAUCAGAGAGUCGGGAGAAGAUUGAAAAAGUACAGAGCAAACUAAAGUGGACCAACUUUCCUGGACUUCAACAGUUAUUCCUGAAGGGCUUUACCUCAGCUUCCACGCAAGAGAUGACAGUUCAUCUUCUGAGCAAACUAAUUUCCAUCUCUAGACACACUCUGGUGGAUCCAGCUCAGGUGGCAGGGUUCCCAUUAAAUAUUCUGUGCCUGCUACCUCAUUUAAUUCAACAUUUUGAUAACCCUACCCAAUUCUGCAAGGAGACUGCUGACAGAAUAGCGAAGGUUUGUGCAGAAGAAAAAACAGCCACACUUUCUAACCUGGCUCAUAUGAUGAUCCUUUAUAGCACACAUAGUUAUUCACGAGAUUGUGCCAAUUGGAUUAAUGUGGUUUGCCGAUACCUUCAUGAUGCUUUCUCUGAUAUCACUCUUAACCUGGUCACUUAUUUAGCUGAGUUAUUAGAAAAGGGCCUAACGAGCAUGCAGCAGUCAUUAUUACAAAUUAUAUAUAGCCUUUUGAGUCAUAUUGAUUUGUCUGGAGCACCAGUAAAACAAUUUAAUUUGGAAAUAAUGAAGAUCAUUGGAAAAUAUGUGCAGAGUCCAUACUGGAAGGAAGCACUUAACAUUCUGAAAUUGGUAGUGUCUCGAUCAGCUAGUCUUGUUGUACCAGAUGAGGCACAUAGAACAAAUUAUGGAGUUGAUUCAUCUUCAUCUCCUGAAAUUUCCUUCACAAAAAUUUGGAACAAUGCUUCAAAGGAACUGCCUGGAAGGACUCUAGAUUUCCAUUUUGAUAUCACUGAGACACCAAUUAUAGGACAGAAAUAUGGUGAUCAGCACAGCGCUGCAUGCAGAAAUGGAAAACCAAAAGUCAUUGCUGUCACUCGAAGCACUUCUUCCACAUCAUCAGGAUCCAACUCAAAUGCCUUAGUGCCAGUCAGCUGGAAGAGGCCACAACUGUCCCAGAGAAGAACAAGAGAGAAAUUAAUGAAUGUCCUUUCACUUUGUGGCCAAGAAGUUGGUCUCCCAAAGAACCCAUCGGUUGUAUUUUCAUCCAGUGAAGACCUAGAUAUUUCAGAACAGCAGACAAGUUUAAUUUCCACAACUGAAGAUCCAAUAAGAGAGGAGGAAGUGCCAGUCGAGGAUGCUAAUAGUGAACAACAAUUUGGAGUGUUGAAGGAUUUUGAUUUCUUGGAUGUUGAAUUGGAAGAUGCAGAGGGUGAAAGCAUGGACAAUUUUAACUGGGGUGUGCGGAGACGCUCCUUGGAAAGCAUUGAGAAGGGAGAUACACCAUCGCUCCAAGAUUUCCAUACUUCAGGAAGUACACCCAGUUUAAAUUUAACCAAUCAGGAGGACACUGAUGAGUCAUCCGAGGAGGAGGUAUUGACUGUUAGUCAAAUAUUAACCCGCACACAAAUGCUAAACUGUGAUUCAACAACAUGUGAUACUGAACCAAAUCAUGUCGAUUCCCUGUUGCAACCAAGAGACGCAGCAGCCAGUGUGGUGUCUGAAGAAGCACCACUGCCUAGAGCUGAGACCCCAAAUUUAGAGACUCUUCUUCCAGAUAGCGCUAACAACCAGCUGCCUGAGGAUGUCACUGUGGCUGUGAAGGAUGAACUGGCCAACAGUGUUAAUGAAGACACAGGUUCAGACAUCAACCUUGAAUCCCAGAGGUUUCAGGAGUUACUUGCUCCAGGGAGUUCACCAGAGUCCAUCUGUGAAGAGGAUGUCACGCUUGCUCUUAAAGAGCUAGAUGAAAGAUGUGAAGAGGAGGAGGCAGAUCUUUCAGGACAUUCAAGUCAAGAUGAGGGAGACCAGGAAGGAUAUCCAGAGAUUCAAACCUCACCACCACCAUCACCCUUUCUGUCUGCUAUCUUGUCUGCUUUCCAACCAGUGGCUUAUGAGGAUGAGGAGGAAGCCUGGCGUUGUCAUGUCAACCAGAUGCUGUCAGACACAGAUGGAUCAUGUGCUGUGCAUACAUUUCAUGUGUUUUCUAGAUUGUUUCAGAACAUACAGAAAAAAUUCUGUGCCAUAACUCAUGAUUCCGUCAGUCAUUUGGGAGACAGCCUGCAAAGGAUAGGGUCAAAAUUCAAGAGUUCUUUGGAAGUAAUGAUGAUGUGUUCGGAUUGCCCCACUGUCUUUGUGGAUGCCGAAACUCUUGUCUCAUGUGGAUUGUUAGAGAUAUUAAAGUUUAGUGUGUUAGAGCUACAGGAACAUUUGGAUACCUACAAUGCCAAAAGGGAGGGAGCUGAGCAGUGGCUGGAAAACUGUAAAAGGACUUUUGGUGCAGGGGAUAAUCUCCAAAGAACCAAUAGAGGUGCACAGGAGCUGGAGUUAUGUCGAAGGCUAUACAAACUUCACUUCCAACUAUUACUUCUGUAUCAAGCCUACUGCAAACUUAUAAAUCAAGUGGACAUGAUCAAGAAAGAGGCUGAGGUGAUAAAUAUGUCUGAGGAAUUAGCUUUGCUGGAAGCAAGUCUGAAAGAGGCAGAAGGUAUAAGUGAUGAAGUUGAAGUCCCUGAAACCUUGCAAACAUGCACAGAGACUGCCAUUCAAUCGCUCAUUGAAUCUUUGAGAAAUAAGGAGUUUCCUUCUGCACUUGCUCAAGUCAAAGCAUUCAGAUCUGUAUGGCCCAAUGAUAUUUUCGGAAAUGGGGAAGAUGAUCCAAUACAAACCCUCCUACAUAUUUAUUUUCGCCAUCAGACAUUGGGCCAAACUGGCAGCUUUGCUGUGGUAGGGUCAAACCAGGAUUUAUCCAAAGUCUGCUCUAAACUGAUGGAGUUGAAUCUACAAAUUCGUGAAUCUCUGCGAACUGUGCAGUCAUACCAACUUCUGGCAAAGUCAACACCUGUGGCUGAUGUUCAGAGUACUGGAUUUUAAUUUACAGCAGUAACUCAAUAUUUACACAUUGCAUUAAGAUACAGUAUGAAUAUUAACCAUAUCCUCUCCCUCCCGUCAGCUUCAAUUUGUUUUGAACACUCACCAGGUUGCAUCUAUUUAUAGAAAUAGUCAGACAUAUAAAGAACCAGGUUGUUAAAUGGGAUAAGAAAAACUAGUGAGCAGUACCUGCACACAAUUAACAACAGUAUGGGCAAGCACUCCAGUUGCACAAAAUAAGGUUUGACAGUGCAAUUAUUAAGUCAUGGUAUAUUGCACUAGUACUGUAGCCAUUACUGAAAGAAAAAGGCAUGGAAGGGCACAUAAUCUUCUUUUUCUGAAGACAAGCCAGCUCCCAAGUAAUAAUGUAUAAUAGUAACAUUCAGGCGCUCUGCGGCAGGUGGAAUGAUGCUAAAAAUCAGCUAGGAAAUGGCUUUAGGCUGAAUAACCUGCAAGGCUUCAAAGCAACACAUUGGCAAUGUCAGUUUUCAGUGUCGGGACAAAAACGGGUUAAACCCCUUGGACAAAAUUUCAUACCACUAUCCCUGUGGUAAAAGAUUAUAUACAAGAGGUUAACUUGAUUUGACAUUGACUGCAGGCUUUAGCAUAAAGUGUUAAUAGUUCAUAAGAUCUCUCAGAGCAUGUCUGGAAACAUUUUUUAAGAAAUUUAUUUUGUAUUAGAGUUAAUAUGAUCCAUGGUAUGCUGUAGAAAAUCUUAUAGAAAGUUGGGAUACCAAACUGAGUUUUACUCAGCAAUGUAAAACUAAUACUGCAAACUGUUAUUUUGUUUACUGUUCAGUGGACAUUAGAUGUUCCCUGCUCAGUAAUUACUGUAUGUUACAAAUACUGAUGGUAUAUAACCAAAAAUGCGCCUGGGACUUAACAAAGUGGCAGCAAAAAGUGCCACAUUCUAGCCAUUUUCAUUAGGAGAACUCACCUAAGUUAUUCUACUCUGUAAAUAUUUUAGACUUGUAUAGUGUAAAAAAAGUAUUUCCUUGUAUAUUUGUGCAUUGCACUGUUGAGAAUAGGUGUAUAAAACUAAUGCAAAACAAAAUACUUAAGUACUGGUAAUGAGUCUUUAUCUGCUGCCUCUCCAGUCUGAAUUUAGAUAAACCUGAGAGCAAAUAAUAUUCUGUCUACUCAUCUGUCUCCCGUGGAUUUUGAACUUCGGGACCAUCUUUUGCUGCAUUAUUGGGAAAGACAAAGACUGAAUACACAACAUUAGUGAUACUCGAGGAAGAAUGCUGAAACUUUCCAGCUUUUGAAAUAAAUGAGAUUGUUCACAGCAGUGGCUUUCUUGGGGGGAAGAAAUUGAAUGUAAUUUCACCCAUUGAUGGUGUGCUGCCUCUGUUUGCUGGGAAUGACCCUGCUUAUUAUAUGCAUCUAUCCUAUCCACUGUGAUUUUUAUUGGACUCCAACUCGUGGAGCAUAGAAUGUACUGUUCAAUUUUGGCUUUUUGCCUUCUGAGAAAGUGAACUGUAGACCAGGCAUACUUGUAAUGAAUUGUAUGAGUUUAAAGGCACUGUGCAUGCUAUCAGACUGCAAACAGUAGUUAAUAUAAUUUAAGGCUCUGUAACCAGUCAUAGCAAAUUAACAAAUCACUGUAAUCAUUCUUCAACAAUGAUAAAUUAUUUUGUUGGCGG